CAACUGAUCAUUGAAAAAUCACAGAACCUCUUCACUGGCUGAAGAUGAAGACGAUACUCACUGUGCUCCUAAUCACAGAGCUCUACAGACUCUCCUCUGGUCUCAAACAACAUUUCUUUGUGAAUGAGAGGAAGAAAUGGUGUAGUGCACAACAGCACUGCAAAACUUAUUUCCACGUCCUUUCCUCCUUCGUCAAUGACACUGAGGAACAGCAGUUUUUAGCUAAUGCAUCUACUCAAACAUCUAAUGCCUGGGUUGGACUCUACAAAAAGCCUGAAAUAGGAGUCUGGAGGUGGUCGGGAGGUAUAGAUGCUGAACAACUUAGCUGGGAUACUGUUAUGAAACAACCAGAUAACCUAACCAGAGAAAACUGUGGCUUUUUGUACAAUGACAGUAAGAAAUUGCAUGAUGGGGAAUGCCGUUGGCAACAAAGCUUUUUCUGUAUGACAAACUUCACUCUGGUGCUGCAGAAUGAGACCUGGGAUGGAGCUCUGGAAUACUGCAGAACUCAUUAUAGAGAUCUGGCAAGUCUGAGCACAAAGGAAAGAAUGGCUUCUGCUCUACUGGAAAGCAAAGAGGCUGAAACAGAAUAUGUGUGGACUGGUCUGCGUUUUCUAGCAGGGGAGUGGUUCUGGGUCACUGGAGAUGAUCUUAACUACACAGCCUGGUAUGAGAAUGAACAGCCCCAGUGUCCUGCCAGAGACCUUCGUUGCGGAGCCCUGGACAAGCAAUCAAAUGUUUGGACUCACAGAGACUGUGAGGAGAAGUUCAGCUUCUUUUGUCAGUAGACGUUAUGUCACUUGAACAGCUUUGUCAUGAUCCCAGAUUGUAACUAGAUAUAUACUGUGCCAUUACAAUAUUUGGGCCAGCUGACAUCUUUCUAAUGUAACACUCAUAUGUUAUCGCAACCUUUAACAACAACAGUUAUACAUUUUCAGCAUUAAUAAACAUCAGCUUUAUUGCUACUCUUGUAUGUAAACUAUUUUUUUUUUUUUUUUUGCCAAACUGGGUGACAAGUAGAGUAGACUGGUUCAGCAACAUUUUCUUCUCAUCACCUGAAGCAUUUUGUAAUAACUCUGCUAUUUCCUGCUCUGCACUCACUGGAAAGAAGCCUUGCUCUGGAUAGGGGACUACAUAGACAUUGUCAAGUUAU